AUUUCCAUCAAUUUGCAAAUGAUUCAAGUCGAGGACUUUCCGAGCCCUAUAAAUACCUCAAUUGUCAUCUACUUCAUCUUUACCAAAUUCCCAUCUCGCGCAUCUUUUUGCCGUUCACAGCCAGCCGUAACCCUAGAAUCCGACCAUGUCUAGCAAGCAAGGAGGAAAAGCGAAGCCACUGAAGCAACCUAAGGCCGAGAAGAAGGAAUACGACGAGAUGGACAUGGCUAAUAUUCAAAAGAAGAAGGAAGAAGAGAAGGUAAAACUAAAUUUUCUAAACAUUGCUUUUUUUUUUUUCUUUUUUUGUGUGGCUAAGAAAGCCAUGAUUCAUUUCCUAUCGACCUGUUCUUGUUACAAAUUAAGACGUUGACAUCUUCAUUGCAGGCUCUUAAGGAGCUAAGGGCAAAGGCUCAGCAGAAGGGAUCAUUUGGAGGUUCUGGAUUGAAGAAAAGUGGCAAGAAAUGAGACCCUAUUUUGGCUCAACACACUUCCUUUUUCGUGUUGUAGUAUGCAUACUUGAUUUGGAUUUCGAACGUGGUAAUUUUGCGUUGAUUGAUGUUUGGUGACCUGUAAGCUUUGCAGGAGGCUUUCUAUGUAGAAUUAAUUGCAUAUAACAAUGCCUUUUAGCCUUGAAUAUGGAUUUCUAGAAAA